AUGCCGGCGAAGUGGAUCGCGUACGACGAGAUCGAGUGCGUGACGCCGAGGUGGCCGGGGAUCGGGGCGACGAGCGGGACGCCGUCGACGACGUGUCACGUUCGAGCGUCGAACGACGGCGGCGAGCGAUUCGACGAUCUCGUCGCGGCGGGGGGGGACGGCGAUGGGACGUUCGCGACGCCGAUGGCGAACGCGGCGAAGAUUGACUUCACGUACGACGCGAGCGGCGCCGCGCCGAGCGUGAGCUCGGUGGAGACGUCGCGCGCGCCCGCGGCGAGCGCGCGGGGCGCGCGGGGACCGUUCGACGGCGGGACCGUGGUCACCGUGCGAGGGAGCGGGUUUUUAUCGAGCUCGAACUUGGCGUGCAAAUUUUUCGAUCCGCUCGGGAACGAGGUCGUGGUGCGCGCCUCGUACGAGAGCUCGAGCGAGGUUCGAUGCGCGUCGCCGUCGCAAAUCGCGAGCGUCGACCCGUACGCGGUGGAUUACGUCGCGAUGACGUCACCGUGCUACGCCUCCGCCGUGCACGUGUCGAACACCGGUCUCGUCGGCUCGUGGAGCGCCGCGAACUCGGCGCCGACGGCGCAGUUCUUCUAUUGCGACUUGUACGUCGACUCGAGCGCGGCGUCGGCGUCGAGCGCCGACGGGAGCGCUCUGAAACCGUUCGACACGAUUCAACGCGCGCUGCAGUCAGCCUUGACCGGCGUCCAGAGCGCGAGCGACACGCACAUCGGGCGCGAGUUCGCCCUCGCGAAUCCCACGGCGAACGCGCUGUUGAACGCCGACGUCGUCCGGCUCGCCCCCGGCGCGUACGCCGGCGCCGGCGCCGUCAGGCUCGUCGCCGACCCCACGUCCUCGGUCCGCGUGCGCGCCGCGACGGGCGUCGCGUCCGCCGCCGCCGACCGCGCGUACAUCGAUUGCGAGGGCUCGAACCCACUCUUCGCCGAUCUCGACGCGCAGUCGUCGUCGUCGCGCGUCGCCGUCGUCGUCGACCCCGACGUCGCCGUCGUUCGAUGUCGCGACGCCGACGCGAGCGUCUACGGCGUCGAGAGUUGCGAGACCAUCGUCGCGACCGAUGGGUCGGGCGUCACCGCGCGGACGUGUAAUUUCGCCGCCGCCUAG